AUGCCAGUUGCAUAUUUUUACAAUAACCUACAUUAUUCUUCAGUACACUUUCCGAGCUCAGCUCAACGCCACCCAGCCCCCAUUGCACGCACUGUCAGCGCCGGCCAAUCAGAGAGCACAGCCCCCCUCCACGAGACGAAGAGAGCCGAAACCCUUCGUUUGUUUCCGCCACGGGAGCCCCAAUGGCUGAAAUCGGGGCCGAGCCUCUUCGGCAGCUUCCGGAAACCCGGAAGGGAAACAGCCGAGCGCCUUCGGUUACCUCCGGCGCGAUGGGCUGCCGAAAGAAGAGCUGAGUGCAUGGAGCAGUCCUCAGCCGGUAUGGGACUAUUCUCGCGAGCUCUCUGCGCGGCCCGAAGCUGCCGGGCAAUCGCACUGCCUGCCUGCAACUACCAAGCUGUGUCCGGCAGGGGCAGCGCGGCGGCAAUACGUCCGCAACAGCCGCGGCGUGGGCUGAGCGCCCGGCCUCGCUUAGACGAACUGUUUGCCAUCCCUUCCUUAAGCCGCCUCCUGGAGGCGCGGGUGCAGGGCGAGGCCGGAACGGAGCUGGCGGCGCGGAUCCAGCAGCUGCGUGACAAGGAACGGGAGCUGCGAGACACGCGGGAGCUGGCACUACAAGAUGAAAGUGAAGAUCUGCGGAAACUUGCAGAAAGGGAAAUCGUUUCCUGUGAAGAAGAGAUCGCUGAACUGAAACACCAGAUAGUAUUGCUUUUGAUUCCUUCAGAAGAAACAAACAGUGGUCUUGUCAUGGAAGUGACUGCUGGAGUUGGAGGACAAGAAGCGAUGCUGUUCACUUCAGAGAUAUUUGAUAUGUAUCGACGAUACGCUGCCUAUAAAAAGUGGAAAUUUGAAAUACUAGAGUAUUUUCCCAGUGAAAUAGGUGGCCUAAGACAUGCAGUUGCCAGUAUAGCAGGCCUUGAUGCUUACAAGUACAUGAAAUUUGAAGGAGGAGUGCAUCGUGUUCAGCGUGUGCCAAAAACAGAAAAACAAGGGCGCAUUCACACCAGCACAAUGACUGUUGCAAUAUUACCCCAACCCACUGAGAUGGAGCUGAAAAUUAAUCCAAAAGAUUUGCGAAUAGAAACAAAGAGAGCUAGUGGAGCUGGAGGGCAGCAUGUCAAUACCACAGACAGUGCCGUACGGAUAGUUCAUAUUCCAACAGGGGUCACAUCUGAAUGUCAGCAAGAAAGAUCUCAAAUUAGAAACAAAGAGAAGGCUAUGCAAAUGCUUUGUGCUAAACUGUACAACAUCAAACUAGAAGAAGAAACCAGAAAGAGAAACAGUGUUCGAAAGAUUCAAAUUGGAACUAAAGGAAGAUCGGAGAAGAUCAGAACAUACAACUUUCCACAGGACCGGAUUACUGACCACAGGAUAAGCAGAUCAGUGCAUCAUACGGAGUGCUUCAUGUUAGGGGAAGAAAUGCUAGAUGAAAUGAUACAAACUCUGAAGGAAUACGCUGAUUAUGAAUCUUUAAUGGAAAUUAUUUCAGGACAUGAAAAAUGAAUCUUGCACUUUGUCAAGCCAUGUCUACAGGUAGAGAUACUCGCCUGCAAAAGAACUCCUUGGAGCACUAUUCAGACAACAGAACUGCUUUUCAGAUAAUGAAAGCUGGUUUCCUCGUGGCUGAUAAACAGUAUUCUUACUUGUUGAGUAAAACACCUUGUUGCUGCUGCAGUGUGCUUAAAGUAAAUUUGACUGGGCCAGAUGUAACUGCAGUUUUUAACUUCUCCACUGAGAAGAUACUGAUACACCACUCUCAAAAGGUAUGCAUUAAAAAUGAGUUUUUUCUAGUUCCAAGUCUUGUUCAAACAAUAAUUUCAGUGUCACCACAGUGUCAAAUAGCUUAGUCAAGAUAACAAAAAAAGAAAUCCUAUUUUGUUUAGUAAUACAAAGAAAGUGAUAAAUGAACACACUACUAAUCUGCAGAUUUGUUAAUACCUUUUACGUGGUAUGGGAGAGGGAGUUCUUGUAAAUCAAGCAGAAGGAAUUGUAUAGGAAGAUUCCUUGUUCCAGCAAGAGUUCUAGAAGAAAAGUCACUAGUUUUGUGAAUUCUUUUUAAAAAGAAUGUUUCUGUUCUUGUGUCAGAACAAAAAAAAAAAACAACAAAAUAGGGUGGCUGUCUUGAAGGCUGAUACAAUUUCAGUCUCUA